AUGUGUCUGGGCUGCCCAGUCCAAGCUGAGAGUGAACCGUGUGUGCUUAGCGAAGGCUUUGCUCAGGCGGUUCCUAAAGUCGGAGGGCAAUGCGUGAGGCUGAUUUCACAGAGCAGCGACCACUUCCCUCUCUCAGCAGUGGACGGAUCACAGCUCAACGCCACUCGGAUCCACUAUGGCUCGCUGGCUCGUACCCAGUUGAACCACCAAUUUUUUUUCAUUUACAAUGACAAAGAUUUGCAUCUUGAAAGAAGUAUAAAGAUAAGAACAAAUAGCCUUUUCCAAUUAAUAGUUUAA